CUUUGUUUGUUGGAAGCCGUACUUAACAGACACUGCUGUAGCUGCUGGCUCUUUAAAAUGUGUUCUUCUAGACACGAGUGUGGAUCAGUAAGGGGAAGUUAAAUAUUAACCAGGAGUUUGAACAUUUGUCCUCAUUCUUGUGGCUGUGUUAAUCAGAAAAAAGAGGGGUAUACAGUACUAGCAUCAUGGCUGACUACAGUGCAAAACCGAGUUCUGGAAAGCUGGAUGCUGUACAGGAGCAGGUUAACGAUGUGAAAAACAUUUUGUCAGAUAACUUAAACAAAGUUCUAGAAAGAGGAGAAAGGCUUGAUGAUCUUAUAGACAAAACAGAUGACCUGCAAGCGACCGCCGAGACUUUCCAAAAAACGUCAACAAAGAUUGCUCGGAAGAUGUGGUGGAAAAACAAAAAGAUGCUUGUUGUUAUUGUGGUGGUAGUUAUAAUAAUUAUAAUCAUCAUAAUUCUUCUAGCCACAAAUGUUAUUCCAACAUAAUAUCCAACCAGUGGAAGCCGUCUACAUUUGUCGGACUCUUGACAUUUUUUUAUUUUAUUUUUUGCACAUUAGGUUUAGAAUUUAAUACAAUGUAAAUUUAGACGUGUACAUAAUUGUAUUUCAAUAAAAAUGUGUUUUGUGCUUAUGAAUGCAAGAUCGCAUUACGUUACCAUAAAAAAAUAAAAAGUCUA